UGGCCGGGGAGGAGCGCACCGCUGCAUCCAGUCCUCCUGGUCCAUCCAGACAAAACAGACGCGCGCUCGCGCUCUCCUUUUCUCGCACUUACCACACACACACCGAUCUCAAUUUGGGCGUCCGGCAAGAGGGGAAGGCAGCCAAAAGAGCUCCUCGCAUCUUCCUACAGUCGCUUUUUUUUGGGGGUGCGUGUGUUCUUGUUAGUUGUCUUUUCUUUUCAUCCCAGCCAACCGAGCAUCCAGGCACAAGCGGUGAUCUUGUCUAUCUUUUGUCGUGGAGCGUGUCAGUGUGAUUUUUUUUUUGGUAACCCCCUCCUCCGCCUCUUCCUCCUCCUCUUCGUCGUCAUCAUCAUCAUCAUCUGCGGGGGUGCUCAGAGCCGAUACUCCCAGAGACACGUGCGGUUUUUGCCGGGAUAUGGCCCAAUAGCAGCAGCCCGUGAUGCCGGACCAUGACAGCGACUCCCUCCUGAACAGACAGACCAAGCGAAGACGCGUGGACAUCGGUGUGAAGAGGACCGUGGGCAGCGCCGCCUCUGCCGCAGCCACAGCCACCACUGAUAACAUUGCGCGUGCCAAAGCAGCCAUUUUUAGUGCCAUGAACUCUCUGAGCGCUCACUCUCACCACGGAUCAGACGCCGACCCCAUGGAGUGCUCUGUAGUGCAGCCGCACGGGGGGCCCGGCGCGGUGUCAGCCGGGGACAGCGAGUCAAAGUCCAACGUGCUGCGGAAGCUGCUGAAGCGGGCCAACUCGUACGAGGACGCCAUGAUGCCCUUCCCCGGCACCACGAUUAUCUCGCAGUUGCUCAAGAACAACUUGGCUAAAAACGGCGGAGGGCCAGAACGAGGGGAUCGAGGGGAGAGAGGCGACCACGGCUUCCCCGGCUCAGGGCUCUCCAAUACGAGCUCAGACGCUCCCCAAGAGGACGCCUGCAGCAACUCUUCGCAAGAAAGCACGCCUCAGGAAUGCCUGUCGCCCUUCGGCCGGCCCCCCGGCCUGGCCGCGUUCGACAUCGAGCGUCUGAACGACGAGCACCUGCGCGCCAAGCGAGCCCGCGUGGAAAACAUCAUUCGCGGCAUGAGCCACUCCCCCAGCGUUCUGGUGCCGCCGUCGAAUCGCCACGAGCGCGACCACGAUAUGGACGGCGAGCGGGAAAUGGAUCUGGAGUGCCCGCCCCCCUCUCGGUCCCAGCACCAGGGUCCCGGCAGCCCGCGAGCGGGCGAGGCGUGCGGAGGCGGCAGCCGGGAGAAUAAGCGCAAGCAGCGUCUGCCGCAGCAGCAGCAACAGAGUUUCACCCAGCUGGUGUGUCAGAGGAAAGAGCAGAAGCGGGAGGAGCGGCGACAGCUCAAGCUCCAGCUGGAGGACAUGCAGAAGCAGCUCCGCCAACUCCAGGAGAAAUUCUUCCAGAUCUACGACUCCACCGAUGACUCGGAGCACAACGACCUGCAUCACGACCUGCACAACGACAUCGGCAACCUGUCCGAGGACAGCCCGGUGAGGUCCGACCACGGCGCCGACGACCGGGGCGCCGACGACCGGGGCGCCGACGACUUGCGCUCCGACAAUGAGAUGUCGGACCUGGAUCCGGGUCAUUUCCUGGAUCGGGCGCGGGCCUUGCUUCAAGACCAGUCUCUACUGAGGGACGGGGACAAAACCAGGAGAGAUGGAAAUGGGCGGAGCAAAGGGCAGGGAAGCCUGAGCGCCUCCAUGCACGCCGAAGGUAAACAGCUGGCAGAAACGCUCAAGCAGGAACUCAACUCGGCCAUGACGCAAGUGGUGGACACGGUGGUCAAGGUGUUUGCCAAACCCCCACGCCCCACCCCCCAGCAGGCAUUCCCCCCACUUUCCUUACCCCCCGAAAGGUUCUCGACCGCGGUCAACGGGGACAACCCCAACUUCCACACCGCCAACCAGAGGCUGCAGUGCUUCGGCGACGUCAUCAUUCCAAAUCCGCUCGACUCCUUCGGCGGCAUUCCGGGGAUUCCGGGCGCGGUCAACGACCAAACCGAGGCCCUGCCGUUAGUUGUCAGGAAGACGCCGAGCGAGCAUCACCACCACCAUCACCAACCCUCCGCCGUGGGCGCCCACGGCGGUCACCACCACCCGUCUCUUCACCCCUCCUCACUCUCCGCCACGAUGGGGUUCAGCCCACCCUCCUUCAGGCACCCCUUCCCCCUACCUCUGAUGGGUUACCCCUUCCAGAGUCCCCUGGGCCCACCCACAGGUGGCUACCCGAGCAAGGAGCGCACCUCGCCAGAUUCCAUGGACCUGUCCCGGGAGACCACAAGCCUGAGGACCAAGAUGGCAUCCGGUCACCACCUGGGCCACCACCAUCGUUCGUGUUCACCGGCGCACCCCGGCAGCACGGCGGAGGGACUCUCCUUGUCGCUCAUCAAAUCCGAGUGUGGCGACCUGCAGGACAUGUCUGACAUCUCGCCUUACUCGGGCAGCAACAUCCAGGAGGGCCUCUCACCCAAUCACCUGAAAAAGGCCAAGCUCAUGUUCUUCUACACCCGCUACCCGAGUUCCAACAUGCUCAAGAUGUUCUUCUCCGACGUCAAGUUUAACCGCUGCAUCACCUCGCAGCUCAUCAAGUGGUUCAGCAACUUCCGGGAGUUCUACUACAUCCAGAUGGAGAAAUUCGCCCGGCAGGCCAUCAACGACGGCGCCGCCGGCGUGGAGGACCUGAGCGUGAGCCGCGACUGCGAGCUCUUCCGAGCCCUCAACAUGCACUACAACAAGGCCAAUGACUUUGAGGUCCCCGAUCGCUUCCUGGAAGUGGCCGAGAUCACGCUGCGGGAGUUUUUCAACGCCAUCGUGGCGGGCAAAGACGUGGACCCUUCGUGGAAGAAGGCCAUCUACAAAGUGAUCUGCAAGCUGGACAGCGAGGUGCCCGACAUCUUCAAGUCGCCCAACUGCCUCCAGGAGCUUCUACACGAGUAAAGCGAUUCCAUCUUCUUCCCUUUACCACUUCAACACUAUUCACUUACGUUUGCCCCUGCCCCCUUUUUUUCCUUUUUUCUUUUGUGAACGUAUGAGUUAUGAAGUAGCAUUCCCGAAUUUGAAGCCUCGGCGUCCGUUCCUAGCUCUUGUGUUGCGGUUGUUGUUGCUUUGUGUUUUGGGGAUUUUUUUUGUUUUGUUUUGUUUUUCUUGAUGAACUGAAAAUUGGAAUCACUUUUUGGGCUGAUUUUUGGGACCGUGUGUGAUGACGUUGUUUUGUGACGUUGAGAUUCCAAAAUCGCGGUCCACUUGGGGGUCCUAAUCCACGAACUGACCCCCUCCCCACCCUCCACCCCAUAGACCGACCGUGCUGCACAAAGAGAGUGAGGAGCUCGACUGGACGUACUGGGGCAAGUCUGGACUGGUUUCAAACACUGACGUUUAUACUAUUUGAAGUGUUUCCCCCCCGAGCAAGUAGGGCAUUGUGUUUAUCGGGUGUACAUUAUUAUUAUUAUUAUUAUUAUUAUUGAUUACAUCUGUUGUGUAUGAUGAUUUUAUUAUUUGCCACCACCGCUUGCUGAAGGUUGGCACUUGAAGAUUUGUUUGUCCCCUCUUCAAAAAGAAAAACAAAAAAAAUCUAAAUAAUAAUAAAUUAUUCCUAUAAAGAGAAUUGAAAAAGAGUUUAGAUUGUGUAAGAUUCUAAUUUUUAUGUCGAUCACUGAAAAUGAUUUGUUUGAAAUUUUGGUUGCUGGGGAUUUUAGUCCUUGAGCGGUAUAUAUUGAUUUAAUUUUUUUUUACACAUUAAUAAAGUUUCCUGCACUGGGCCAGUGAGACUGUGAUGAAGCAGAUUUUUUUUUCACCCCCCCGGGCCACCUUUACAUGGCUGAAAUUGUAUGGAUCUUUCUACUGGUUACUGUAAACGAGUGCCGUUUUUUAUUUUUAUUUUUUUUUAUAAAUACUAGCACUAUUUUCCACCAAGAGGCGCAAAAGUAUGCCUGCAUUUUGUAUUUAAUUUUUAUUGUAAGACGGCAUGAUGAUAUGAUCUCGAUAGCAGCUGAUACUUGAAUAUAUGGUGAAUAGUGAAGCACAGCGUUGCGGAUACAAUGGCUAAUUGAAGAGUCACAAAAAAAAAUUAAAAGCAGGGUCAUUAAUGCCCCCCAAGCCCCAAUCCCACUGCGACGCUCACCUGCAUUUAUGUGAUCCAGCUCCACUGGGGAAGGAACAAUAUGAGGUCGGAGGUGAGCGCGCUACCCCAGGGGUAGACGCGGGCGAUCUCGGCGACUACAAAGAGCGCAGACAAAAGGCUGGGCGCGAGGGACGAUGCGCAACUCCAAAAUCUUCCACUCCGGACCUCCGUCGCUGUUUCUGCCACUGUGGAAUAGACGAGCAGAUGAUGUAGAACGAAUGUGGUGAGGCCACAAACACUUUUUUGUUUGUUUGCUUUUUUAAAGGCUCUGCAUCGUGAAUAUUUUCAGGAUUCCGAUUGGCUAUAGUGACCUGAAGUCUUGCUUUGGUUUGGCAAGUGUUUGACAGCCUGCGUGUGUUUUCGUUGGGAUGUAACCCCCCACCCCCACCCCCUAAUUGCAUUGACAGCAGCAGAGACUGACCGUGACUCCGUUUGUGGUAUGAUGAAAUGAAGAUUUAAGAAAAAAAAGCUGCAUUUGUUUUUACCAUUGUUUUUGGAGGUAUAAGGGCACGGGAAACACAAAACAAAAAAUAUUUCGUAUGAGAUUAGUUUAAUAAAGCUCAAUGCCGUCUUUCAUUGUUGGUUUUGGAACUUUAUAGUCAAACGGAAUCACAAGUAUGAAUCCUCUUUUUCCUGCAUUGGACACUGAGCAUUUUCCAGAAGUGACUUUCUUCUAGUUCCAACGCCUUACGGUUCUGGGAAAGUGUUACCUGUCGCUUGGCCAUUUUUUAUUUCAGUUUUGACAAUGCAGAUCUAUUUAUUCUUUAGAAAACUACUCGUGUACGGACACGGCCCUCGGAUGUUAACGUAUGCCCGCAAGGUGUCACACACCUUGGCCACGCGGGCCCCCCGGCGCGUCUGCAGAAAUGACAAAAGAUCAAAAGGGAGCAGGUUGCUUAACCUGCCGACUUUUUCGAGUCGGAACAAAAGGAGGCAGAGAAAGAACGUGAGCAACUCCCUUCAUUCUCUCCCCAGACGGCGUUCUUCUUAAGAUCGGCGGGCCUGAGAGAGUGAGUCGGAUGUAUUUCUCACUGCCCGAAACGUCUCAAAGCAGCAGCCGAGGGCUGGAAAAUGCCACAAACAAAAGGAAAAAAGCAAAGGAUACUCUAGUGAAUUUAGUUCCACGCCCUGGCGCUUCCUGGCGCCUCCUUUAAAAAGCCCUGAAGAGGUCCAGCCACGGAAAAAAAAAAGAUUUUGCUUGAAUUUUGUCGUGACAUGAUGACAUUACAUAUUUAGUCUUUUUUUUUCUUAAGUAUUGUACAGUAUAAAUCUAUGGGGAAAUAUACAUAUAUAUAUAUAUAUAAAAUGUAGUGAAAAUUCGUCGGGGACGUAAAUUGUUAUUCAUAACGACUUUGUUUAAUUCUCUGUUCCAGUUAAGCGAGUUACUAAUAGAUUAGGACCGAUUAGUUGUCAAUUUUCCCACUUUGUUUCUUUCUCCGUUUUUUUUUUUAGGGCUGGAGGGUGGUGAGAUAAAUAAUGUAACAAAUAACGGAAAAAUAAACUCGGAAUCCCAUUUUCAGAUGAAAAUGUUUUGCAGCUGUAAAUAUUGUUUCGGUUAAAAAAAAACAAAUGAAAAAGAUAAAAAGAAUAGAUGUACAGUUUUUCUAUGGUCAAUCAAAUGGGGUGGAAAAACUUGGGGUUGUCAGACUUUCAGGAAAAAAAAAGAAAGAGAGAAAUUGUGUUCCAUGCUUUUUAUUCGGGGGGGGGGGGGGGGGGGGGUCAGUGCCCCUCAAGUUGCACCAGCAUCCGUUGGUUUCAGUUGAAGCUGAGAGAAGCCCCGAAGACAGUAAGCAGCCUUUGUAGGGUGUCGAAAAACAACAACGGGGGCUGGUGGGGGGUGGGGGGGUGGUUGUCAAUACGGGGACCACCCGUGUCAUGGGAGGGGGACACGUUUAUACAGAAGAGGCUGAUUUUAUACCUUUUUUUCACCCCCUCUACCGGGUUCAAACAGGCGGGGAAAAGUUGUUGUGCUUUUGUGGAAUUUUUUUUUUCGGAGUGCUUUGCAUUUUGCGUGUGUGUGCGUGCGUGCGUGCGUGCGCGAGUGCAAGAGAAAAGGCCGAUUAUGAGAACCUGUGAACCAGUUAGUGACACAAUUCUCAACGCGCCGCCCCCCCUCAACCCCCCCCAGCCCUCGCCCCCAACCUCCCCCACCCCUGGGAGUUGCCAUCCUGACAUGUAAAUGACUCUCAUUAAGCGCUGGCGACGUGCGUGCGUGCGUGUCGCCAUCAUUUCCUCUGAUCCGUUUGCUGACCUGCUUGAAAAGGAUUUUGGUAACCCCCCCCCCACCCCCACCCCCGACCCCACCUUUAUGCUUUCACUAGUUAAUCUUUUUAUUAUUAUUAUUAUUAUCAUCAUUAUGAUUAUUAUUAUUACUCACAUUUCUUUUGUAAAUAUCAAUGAGGUGGAGUUAUAAAGUGAGAGCCUUUGUAUAAUUUAGCAACGUUCUGUAAAUAGUGUUUUGUUGACGCUGUUUUUUUUUUUGUAUGACAUGAUGUUGAUGAUACCAUUAUUAUUAUUAUUAUUAGAGUGCAGUAAUUGCAUUUUUUAAGACACACAGGCUGUCAAAUACAACUCAUAUUCCAUUAUGGCUGCUUUUUUUGGGGGGUGGGGGGGGUUAUUUUUGUUCUUGGUGUGUAUUAUGUCCUGCAGAUUGUGUGUAAUUUAUUGGUUUAAUUUAUCCUAAUUUAUUCAAUGUUGGUUUCUUUUUCAACCAGGGAAGGCUGGAUUGCAUCUCAUUAAGUAGAUCAAACUUUUU